CGAAAUCUUCGUAGUCUCUGGUGCGGUCUUUGGACUUAAACUUCCUGUUUUCGCAGUCGCUGUAUCCGCAACGCCGACGAGCAACCCGAAGCUUCCGUCUGAAUGUCGGACAUAAAACAUAUUGGGGACCCGGAUGAGAUAGGGCGAUGAAAAAUUGAUAAGCGUUUCGUGCGUGGAUGUGUGUGCUGGAGAAUAAGCGUUAUAGCAUCGGGGUAACCCAACGCGGCGUCAUUCGUCUCGCCUUGCCUUGCACAUUAUACAUAUACCGCGCUGACACCUAUCAAAUGAAUUGGAACUGCGCGCGUUCAAUAUAAUAAUAAUAAUAAUCGUGAUAAUAAUAAUAAUAAAAAAACCAGAUCGCUCGCCGUCGAGAAGAGGGGGGAGUGAUCCUAGCGCCAUCGGCGAGUAAACCUUCGAACGAAAAUUUCUGGCGAAUCGAUAUUCCACUCAAAUAUUGACUACGCGAUUGUAGUGUGCCGCGACUAGAGUGGGGCCGUCGCGAUGCGCUUCUAGAAACAUAUUUAAAAAAAAGUGAUAUUGCGACCAUUCGAACAGAGUGAUUGCCGACAAUUGCUCGCUAAUCAAGUCGUAAAUCAACCGACGAAAUGUUAUUCGGUUCGCUACUCUCUGCGGGUCUGAUUCUCCUGGUAGUCGGGAAUUCGCGAGCCAGUCUUCUGUUCAACCCGUCGCCGUCAUCUUACGGCAAUCAUGGAGUACCUCGACUGGAUCUGGAAAAUCUGGACAGCGGAUACCAUGGACUGGUUAAAGAAAAUGAAACUCUGGUUGAAGUAACGCCUCAGAUUCGUGCAACAGGUGGAAAAGUCUGUUCGUUUCGCAUAGCUAACAAACACCAUGGAGAUGCCCCAUUCGAGAUUGUCCUUAAGGACAAUGGAGUUGCCGAACUCAGAACUCUGAGAGUUUUGAACUGCGAGAAGAGACGCAAUUACAAAUUCGAUAUAGCUGCCAUUGGAUGCACAGGAGCACAAUCUGAAAAUGCCACAGUUCACAUAACAGUCGUAGACGUGAACGAGUACGCGCCGCAGUUUCUUCAGCCGGCAUACGUAAGCGCAGUUGACGAAGGUCGGCUCUAUGAGGAAGUAGUGCGCGUUGAAGCUUCGGAUCGUGAUUGCACUCCAAAGUUUGGUGAUGUGUGCAAGUACGAAAUCCUAACCGCAGACCAACCGUUUGUCAUCGAUAACGAGGGAGCGAUCCGUAACACGGAACCAUUGGAUUAUGAAAGAUCCCACAAUCAUAUCCUCAGCGUAGUUGCUUAUGAUUGCGGUAUGAAGCAAUCCGCUCCAGCCAUGGUUACCGUCAAAGUAAACCGUGUCUGCUCACCCGGCUGGAGAGGGAUCCCCGAGAGAGUAGAUUACGCCGCUGGGGCUGGACCUCAACCCCUUCUUCCAUCGGCAAGGCUUGAGCUCUGCGACGCUCCCUGUGUACUGAAAAACUUGCGCGCAACCCUCACUCUGGCAACCGAUCAUAUCGGAAAAGGCUGCGACAGAGACACGUACGGAGUUAGGAGCCAGCGGAAAUUAUGCGGCGCCGCUAGAGACAGCGUCGACCUUUUGCCUACUCCGGGACCUUCCACACCUUGGACUUCGUCACUCUCCAGAGAUGAGGGGAGGGAAGCCGACGAAAUAUUCGAGUUUGACGGCGCUAGCUCUGCUGCCAUCGUUCCCAAUGAAGUGCUUGAUCACGCCUUGGCUCAAAAAUUUAGUGUCGGUGUUUGGGUCAAGCAUCGCCCACGUCCCAGACAGGAUCCUCACGUUAAGGAACACAUUUUAUGUGCCGCUGACGAUCACAAAAUGAACAGGCAUCACUACGCACUGUUUGUGAGAAAUUGUCGACUGAUUUUACUGCUUAGGCGUGACUUUUCCGAAGGAGAUCCGAACAUCUUUAGACCAGCUGAAUGGCGUUGGAAGCUGGAACAGGUGUGCGAUGACAGAUGGCAUCAUUAUGCCGUCCAAAUCGACUUUCCCCGAGUAAGUCUAUUCGUGGAUGGCGUGGAGCGUCAUUCGGAUGAAAAGAAUCCGGAAGUCAUCGACGACUGGCCUCUGCAUCCGGCCAAGGGUAUAAACACCACUCUUGUAGUCGGAGCCUGCUGGCAAGGCUCUGACAAUCGCACAAAGCACCAUUUCCGCGGCUACUUGGCCGGGCUUUCCGUGCUAGUAGGUAAGAACGAACAACCAGAAGUAUUGUCCUGCCUCCGUCGCUGCCAGGAAGGCCUGCAUGUCCCUCCGAUGGACCUUUUGCAACCUGGUACUCAACUCCUGGCCAAUUCCGACCUGACAGACGUCAGUAUCGACGGUGACAACCGGACAAACAUCGAGACCCUCUUACGCCGCAUAGGAUACUCGAAUUCCCGCCGCUUCCCGACCCCCGGCCGCCGAAAUUUCCGCCUUGACACGACAAUCCUCUGCGAGGGCAGCGAAGCUAAGCCUCUUGCUAUUCCCUCUGUCCAAUCCUAUGUAACCGUACUCCCGCCGCCGAGGCCCGGAAUAACGGUAAAUGGCACAGGAUACGUUGCCAGAGAGUACGCAGACUUCCGUCUGGGUGUCAGAGUCUUUCCUGACGCCAGAGUUACCGCCGGGUCAGCCGCGAGGCUCGACGCCUGCGCCGUCAGCGUUUACCCAAGUCUGAACCCGGAUCACGAAAGCUUGGGACUGCCGGGUGACGCGUUACGUCGUCUCAACUCUAUCACAGCCAGAGUGGAUCGUGACGGUGUCGUUCUCUCGGGUGCGGACACGCCCUACGACUAUCAGCAGCUGAUCAGAUUUAUUACUUACACAAACCGGAAGCCCGCUUAUUAUCUUGACAGAGUUUUCAAGCUGACGUGCUCGGAGCUAAGUGGACGCUUCGCCAGCAACGAGUACGUCCAAACUCUGGCAGUAAUUCAUCCCAAGGAAAAAAGUACCCCUAUCCCACCUCCGACCCCAGGGGAUCCACCAAUGGCCAGAAUUCUAGAACCAGCACCUGGACACGCACAGUUAUCUCCACAUCACGCCGAAAUUCCUGAGGAAUAUGCCACAACGACUCUCAGGGAAGGAGGACGGACAAUUUCUGGAGCUGGGGGGAGCCAUGCGGUAACUAUAGUCGCCGCUGCAUGCGUAGGCUUUCUGUUACUGAUGGCUGUCGUCGGGGCUGCACGCGUCAGAGGCGCAGCUAAGAGGCGACGAUCAGCCGGUGACGAAUUGGCUGCUGAAACUGAAAUGGCUUGGGACGAUUCCGCGCUGGCAAUUACCGUCAAUCCGAUGGACAGAUUGGCUGAUCAUCGCAACUCUUCGCGUCAUCCGGCUCAGAGAGACGAGGAUGCCGACGAAUCUGGCAGCUCAGAUUCAGACGACGCGUCGUACAGGGAUGAGGACCUUGAUAGCAGCGAUUGCGAGAACGAAUGCGAACCCAGCAACAGUCAACGUCACCGUCACAAUUCUCCCCAUGAUCUAGAAUGGGAUCAUCGUGACGUUUAAUUCUUUGCUUUCCAUUUCUGUCUCGCUGUUUUACCUUCGUUAAGAGGAGUACGUUGCUGACUGAGAUUACGGUCGUUUUUUAACUUUGUUACCGAAUUUUUUGUGUCCUGGAGACGCAGAGAAUUUACCAUUCUAUUAUUGUUCUUUUUGUUUUGCUCUAUUGAUCGUCGAUAUGCUAACCCUUUUUCUUAUUUAUGUUUUCUUACAUCGAAUUGUUGCAAAUACUUGCAGUAAACGUCAGUCUCUGAUCAUUAGCCCGAAACAUUGAUUCCUCUGAUAGUCACGAUCAAUUCGGGCGCGGUGAUGUCUUUAUAAUUUUUUUAGGGGUAAAUUAUUGCACGGGUAAUCAGGAAAUUGUUGUACACGCUAUCGUCACAGAAGAGCAGAAAACAAAAAUUGAUGCCCGUCAGAAUAGAAUCUCCGACACAUGUAUUAAAAUCCGUGAGAUUUUUACACACGCACAGUUCCUACAGGGUAUGAUCGUAAUUGAUGAUCAAAAGCAAAGUUCGCAUAAUUGAAUUGAUUUAUUGGAAUGUUAAAUGUCGGUUUGGGAGUCGACUGGCUGGUCGCUCUUUGAAUUUUAAAAGAAUCGUUGAAGACGCGUAUUUCCACAUACGCGACAGAUGUCCGUCCCGCUAGGUAGCAUUUACCGGCGUGUAUUUGUCUCGAAUUGUUUAACCGAGUUUUCAUUCGUCGCAGGUACUCCUUUUACACUUUUUGAAAUACGCGAGAGCCUCUUUGGGAGAGCUGAUUUUACUAACUCUUAGUAUACCUGCAACACAGCGCCGUCGCGCAUUAAUUAACACACACGCAAUCGAUACCCAGCUUAUUGGGUAUAAACACGCAUUUAAAAAUAGACGAUUUAUUUUAUUAAUUGAUGGUAAUUAGUAGUCGGGAUAGGAAGCUUCUUGAAAUUUAGAUAAUUUUUUUUUUAUCUAUCUUUGGUUUUAUACCUUUAACUUUGACGCUUUUGUAUAACGUUUUACUACUAUCGUCAUCGACGUAUCCUUUGUUUCUAGUAUUACCGCAUGAAUAGUGACGGGAAGAAUUUUUAAACGAACAAUCGUUUGUUGCUCUUUUUGUUUAACAGCACUUUCAGUCACUGUGGCGUCUUAACGCUUGCCUGAUUUUUGCAUUUUAGAUUUUUUUUCUACUUUUGAUUUCCAAGGUAUAAGAAUUUAUCUCAAUCCUGUUUCUUUUUGACUAUUAACUUUCAAUCUCUUAGUUUUUAGUUACAAGAUACUAAACACGACUAAACGUGCUGAUCCAUAGACGUUGCUGCAUUAACAAGCGCGUCAAAUAUCCUAUAUAAUGUGUCCAAGUCAAGCGGAUACUUGGUAUGGAAAAUCUAUUAUCUAUAUUCAUAGAAACUAUUGAUACAAUUUAUUUUUCCAACGUGCAUAUCAUAUCAUUUUUAUACGAGAAUGGCAACAAAAGCAGCAGCCUGUUGUAUCAGCUGCUAGGAGAAAGGAAUCUUCGUUACGAGAUCUCCCAUGUAGCAAACAUUUAUUAAUUCAUUCCCAUAAUUUUUAAAUACCAUGACCGUUAAAAAUCGAGAAAAUAUUU